AUGCAGCAGCAGAUGCUGCAGCAGAUGCAGCAGAUAAUCUGCAUGCAAAUAAUAAUGCAGCAGAUGGUACAGAUCCGCCUGCUGCUAUUACUGCUGCUGAGGCUACUGCUGCUGCUGCUGCAGCUGAAGCUGCAGCAGCAGCAGCAAGGAGAGCAAAAGCAACAGCUGCUGCUGCUGCUGCUGCAUGGGGACAGAUUGUUGAGCCCUUAUCUCGUGUAUUUGUUAUAAGACUUCCUACUGCUGCUGAGCUGGUAGGGGCUUACUCCCCUGUUCCUGCUGCAGCAGCAGCAGCAGCAGAUGCACCAGCAGCAGAAGCAGCAACAGGACCAGCAGCAGCAGAUGCAACAGCAGCAGCAGCAGGAUCACCACCACUACAAGGAGUUGGAGGAGGAACAACUACAUCAUUAGCACCAUCAGCAGCAGCACCAGCAGCACCAGCAGCAACAGCAGGAGGAGGAGGAGGAGGAGGAGGAGGAGUCGUCAGCAGCAAGAGGGCAACAAUGGUAAUAGGUCGAGUAAGAAGAUUAGUAUCUUGUUCUUCUUCUUCUUCUUCUUCUGCUGCUGGUGCUGCUGCUGCUGCUGCUGCUGGUCGUCAUAAUAUGGCAAUAAAAGCACAGCAAUUUUUUUGUGUAGAAUUAGCGCGAUUUCUUAAUCCAACUGUUAUGCAACAAGAAGCAGAUAAUCUUAAUAUACAACUCAUCAGGUGGCGAGUGCUGCCUUCCUUCGUUCCUGAGGCCCUCCAAUCUUUGAGGGUUUUGGCUAUUGGCGCGGGCACUCUUGGCUGUGGUGUUGCUCGCUUGUUAGCCUCUUGGGGUGGAGGUUUAGGGCGUCUUAAGGCCGAGGCUGCUCGCGAUGGUAUCCUCGCAGUCCGACCGGGCAUGGAGUGCAACGCUGUUGUCCUCGAUGUCCCCAUGCCAGGCCAUCCUCGUUUCUUAAGUGGAGAUUUAUUAGAAAGAGGAGUAAAAACAUUAGAGAGACUAAUUGAUAGUCAUGAUGUUGUGCUGCUGCUUACUGACAGCCGCGAGUCGCGGUGGUUGCCUUCCUUAAUAGUGGCGGAGCGGCAAUCUUCACCGCGUCAUCACCGUCAACGGUGGGGUGUACAGGCAGCUCUAGGUAGCCCAUUAGCACUUACUGUUGCCUUAGGAUUUGAUUCGAUGCUCGUUAUGCGACAUGCCGUCAAAAAUAAUCAACUCGGCUGUUAUUUCUGUCAUGCACUUAAUGGGCCUGCAGACUCCAUUUCCCAUAGGACAUUAGACGAGCAGUGUACAGUAACAAGACCAGGUGUAGGUGCCCUUGCUUGUUCUGUUGCUGUUGAGCUGCUGGCAGCACUGACGCAGCACCCCUUAGGGUUUGCUGCUCCCCAUACGGAGACGGAUCCUCUAGCAGGAGGAGGUGCUGCUGCUGCUGCAGCUGCUGCUGCAGCAGCAGCAGCAGCAGGAACGCCGCAGCAACAGCAACUACAGCAGCAACAAAAGCCACCAGGAUUCUCAUGUCUUGGGGCUACGCCGCAUAUGAUUCGAGCCAACUUUGCAGAUUUUAGUCUAUUAAAGGAGCACCAGCAGCAAUGCCCAACAUGCUCGUGCUGCUCUACUGGGAUCGUCUCCGCAUAUCGAUCCCAGGGGAUCGAUUUUCUUAGGGAGGCAAUUGGCUGUUCUUCUUGCCUAGAGAAAUAUUCAGGACUAACUACCCUUAAGGAAGAACUGCAGCAAAAAGCUGCAGAUGUUAUUAAUUUAUCAGAUACUGAGUAA